GGACACCGGCGGGCGAGGAAACGGAGGCACGCCGUAGCGGAGAGCGGGAGCGCCUGACGGUGAGUUGCAAAGGGAGGCCGGCCUGGCUCGGCCUAGCUUAGUCCAGCCCGGCCCGCGAAGCGAGGUUCCCUCCUUCCCUCCCUCGCGGUUUCUUCCGGGGGGGCCUCGGUUUGAGCUGCCCUCGCUCGACCCGCGGAGCUCCCAGGCCCCGCUUAGGACUGCUGCAUUCCUACUCAGAGUAGACCCUUCUCCCUAAUCUCCCGUUGGAAUUUAGUCGCUCACGUCUAUUUCCGCGAGUUUACUACGUUGGACUUAGUUGGAUGCAGCCCAGUGGAGGCAGGUCACUGGAGUGCGUUGUUUUCAGUGGCCUACUCCUGAGUAGUACUGACUAGAGAGCCACGAUGGUUGGGCAUUGGGUAGGGGAACGUAUUCCCCAUCCCCUAAGGAAGGGGACUUAACUUGGGGCUGUCAGUUUCCCCCCCAGAAAUGCCUUCAACCGGAAGGGGGGGCGAGGGCACGAUCCAAAAGCACCCCACUGAUUUCACAGUGUUAGUGUAUGGUGGGGGUUUGGGGAUAUUUUUGCGUGUGCUUAACCGAGACCCUUUGGUGCAUUUCGUCGAAGGUACGGGCUCCUGGCUUGGCCAGGCCCACCAAGUACAUAGGCCCGAUUCAUUCUCAGCCUUCCCUAGCCUGGUGUCAUACAGCUGUAUUGGACUACGACUUCCAUCUGGCCGCAGAAUUAGCCUGGCAUACUGGGCUGGAUCUGAUGGGAGCUGUAGUCCUAGGCACCUCGAGGCUGGGGGAGGAUGUAAUAACUGCUUUAUGAUCCCUCUGAUCUCUGGAAUGCUCCUCCAUCUCAGGUGAAGCUAGCACCAACAUUUUCCCCCUUUGGAUGGCAAUUGAAGAUGAGUCUUUUUGGCCAGACUCUGGGCAGUGGAGGGACGCGGGUGGCGUUGUGGGUUAAACCACAGAACCUAGGACUUGCCGAUCAGAAGGUUGGCGGUUCAAAUCCCCGCGAUGGGGUGAGCUCCCAUUGCUCGGUCCCUGCUCCUGCCAACCUAGCAGUUCAAAAGCAUGUCAAAGUGCAAGUAGAUAAAUAGGUACCGCUCCAGCGGGAAGGUACACGGCAUUUCCGUGUGCUCGUCUGAUUCGCCAGAAGCGGCUUAGUCAUGCUGGCCACAUGACCUGGAAGCUGUACGCCGGCUCCCUCGGCCAAUAAAGCGAGAUAAGCGCAGCAACCCCAAUGUCAGUCAUGACUGGACCUAAAGGUCAGGGGUCCCUUUACCUUUACCUGCGCAGUGGGUGAGCUGAGUUCCAGUGGCUCUCUUCUGGACACCAGCUGUUUGUCAAUGUUAUUGGUGUCUGUGUUAAAGUUUAGUUAUCUUUAAUGUUUUAUAUGCAGCUAUAUUAUUAGUAUUUAACCUGCCUUCGCAUUGUAUGGAGGACAGGAUUGUAAACUGAAUAAACAGCAGCAAGAACAAUAAUAAUAAUAAUAUUUGGUGCUUACAUGAAGCAUGCCUUGCUCUUCUGAGGAGCACAAUAUAGCCUGACAGGCAGAUUUGCACCUCAUUCCCCUUGCUAAACUUCCCAUUAUACCUCUGGUUUUGGAAAAAUUUACCACCAACUCCCUGCUGUGGGUUUGUUUUCUGCUUCAAUCACACUGGAUUUGACUCUAUUCUGAUGAUCCUCAAUGUUGCUUGAUGAGUUUUGUGAUGCUUCCUCAGAUGCCCUAUAGAUGUCAUUACCCUUGUACCUUACUUCCUGGGAGUACAAGACACUCUUAAGAAGGGGCAGCCAUGGAACAAAAGCUGUUAAUACGAUGUUGCAUUUCCCCCUUCCUCUCUCAGGUUUGAACACACCCAGCUUUAGUCAUGUCUAUCGGAGUGCCAAUUAAAGUCCUGCAUGAAGCAGAGGGUCAUAUUGUGACCUGUGAGACGAAUACAGGAGAAGUAUACCGCGGAAAGCUCAUUGAGGCUGAGGACAACAUGAAUUGUCAGGUAGGUGGGCUUUGAAAAGUGGUGAUGGGUGGCUAGGAGGAUGUGGCCAGAACAAAAUGUCCCGCUUUGGGUCUUCAUCUGUUGUGGGAGAUCUUAGCCUUGUCUUAAAAAAUCAAGAGAACUGUAAUUGGGGCUCCCCUGAUAGAGAGAGAAUGCAAAGACAUUACUUGGCCACCAAAGUGAUUGAGUGAUUGGUCAUUCCCCCUUCACCCUAAGUUCCCAGAGCAGGUUGUGACAAUUAAAAAUACAACAUAAAAAAGAAAUUCUAAAAACCUACAAUUACAAAAAUAUACAAUCACAAAAAUAUACACCUCGGGUGUUGAAGGCAAGGGUCAAGAGAUGUUUUCUUCAACAUUCACAGAAAACUGUAUAAUGAAGUUGCCAAGUGCACCUCUACAGGGAAGGAGUGUCACAGAUUAAGGGCUAAGUUCGUAGGCUCCUCCUUUGCGCAUUAGUCCUGUCCUCUUUCAAAGCCAUCCAAGUUGGUGGUGAUUGCUGCCUCCUGUGGUAGCUAGUGCUACAAUUUAACUCUGCGCUGCAUGGAUAAGUCCUUUUUUUCAGUCCUGAAUCUUCCAACAUUUGGCUUCGUUGGAUACCCCCAAAUUCUUGUGUUUUGAGAGAGAGAGAGAAACUUUGCCCGCUUUCUCCAUGGCAUGCUAAAUUUUAUAAACUUCUAUGAAGUUUUUUUUAUAUAAAACCUCUUACCUUGCCCCCCCCCCAUCCCAACUAUUAUUUAAUUUUCCUGCAUUGCAGAGGUACGAUUAGAGGACCCUCAGGUUACCUUCCACAAUUAUGUGAUUCUAUGGCUGCCACAGAUAAUACCUUCUGUCACCCAUCCCUGGACUUAUCUCUCCCUGGAGCUUCCCAGUGUUGCUGGACUACAGCUCCCAUCACCCUUGACCAUUGGCCAUGCUGGCUGGGACUGAUGGGAGUCAUAGUUUAUCAACAUCUGGUGGGCACCACAUUGGCUACCUCUCCUUUUAAAGGGCUCCAGUCGCCCUCAUCACUAGUUGAGUUGAUGCAGAAGAGGUUUUCAGAGUGGGCAAGGACUCUUAUCUGCUGAGGUGGGCACAAGCGCUUUUAAUAGUAAAAGGAAAAUCCUGAGCCUAGGUUGCUACUCCAGAAAAACUCCCUAAACAAAGCAGAGCUCUCCUGGUAUAUCUUCUUCGGCAGUCUUCGCCAACCUGGUGCCCUCCAGCAGGAGUUUUGGACCACAGCUGCCUUCAGCCCCAGCCAGCACCGCCAUAUGAUGCUGGCGCUGAUGGGACUUGCAGUACAAAACAGCUGAAGGGCAUUGGAUUGUCAAUGGCUGCGCUCCAGUAUGAUACUUUGGAACAUCUGCUUCAUUUACUCCACAGGCUGUUAAACAUCGAGGAUUUCUUAAUGCUUUUUUUAAAAAAAUAUUGCUGUGACUUCUUUGUCCUGUGCCAUCACAUUUGUAUUUUAAAAAAACAUUUCCGUAAUUGCCCUAGGAAUUUUGAUUAGCUAUUAAAGGGUGGGGAUAAAAUUUAAGAAAUAAGGCAUGGAGAACUGAGAUCAACAUACAGAUGCUGGCAACUUUGCUGCUUCAUCUGUUCCUGCACCUAUCCUGCUGUUCUCAAGCUAAUCUGAAAACAAGGGCUGUUCCUUGCUGCUUUAAAGACACAUCCAGAGAAAUGGGAAAGCAAAAUGCUUUUCACUUGUCUUAACUCGCCAAUAUGACAUACUUGGCCAGAGAGCCUUUCCAUUUUAGGAACCAGCUGGCCGUUUUUGCCGUUGAGCUUCUUUUCUCAAAGGCUCUGUCCUGUUCAGCCACUCAUUCUCUCUUUCCAGAUGUCCAACAUCACAGUGACCUACAGAGAUGGGCGCGUGGCGCAACUAGAGCAGGUGUACAUUCGGGGGAGCAAAAUCAGAUUCCUCAUCUUGCCCGAUAUGCUGAAAAAUGCACCAAUGCUGAAAAGUAUGAAGAACAAAAACCAGGGCUCUGGGGCUGGAAGGGGAAAAGCUGCUAUCCUGAAAGCCCAGGGUAAGUAGUGGGGCAGGCGCAGGCUGCGUGCUGCAUAGGAAGCCAACUUAGGCUGGGUCAGAUCAUUGGGAUCCAUCUUGCUCAGUAUUGCCUACACUGACUGGCAGCAGUGGGUCACCAGACCAGAAUUUCUCUUGCCCAUACUGAGAGAUGGCGCUGUGGGUUAAAUCACAGAUCCUAGGACUUGCCGAUCAGAAGGUUGGCGGUUCGAAUCCCCGUGACGGGGUGAGCUCCUGUUGCUCGGUCCCUGCUCCUGCCAACCUAGCAGUUCAAAAGCAAGUCAUAGUUCAAGUAGAUAAAUAGGUACCUCUCCGGCGGGAAGGUAAAUGGCAUUUCCGUGCGCUGCUCUGGUUCGCCAGAAGUGGCUUAGUCCUGCCAGCCACAUGACCCGAAAGCUCCCUUGGCUAAUAAAGCGAGAUGAGUGCCGGAACCCCAGAGUCGGUCACGACUGGACCUAAUGGUCACGGGUACCUUUACCUUUAUACUGAGAUAUGCUUCCAAGGAUUGAAUCUCGGACCUUCUGCUCUCCAUUGCUGACUACGGCUGGGUUUUCAGCAUCAUGAUAUAUCACCAGCUAAACAUCGUGUUAUACCGAAACAGUCAAACCUUGUUUCCGGAACGGCUUAGUUGCCGAACAAAUCGACUCCUGAACACUGCAAACCCAGAAGUGUUCCGAUUUGCAAACGUUUUUUGGAAGCUGAACUUCCGAUGCGGCUUCCGCUUGAGCGCAGGAAGCUCCUGCAGCCAAUUGGAAGCCGCGCCUUCGUUUUUGAAUGGUUUCGGGAGUCAAACGGACUCCCGGAACAGAUUUAAGUUUGAGAACCAAGGUACCACUGUAUAUCACAAUGUCUGAAAUAAGGAUGGCGCUAUGCAGAGGCAUAAGCUAGCUUCGCGGUUUCUCCCGCAUCAUGAUUUUUGCAUAACGUGCACAUCCAUCAUGAUUCACAAUGUAUUGCCAGGUCAAAAAUUGUGAAGCUGCUAUCUUGCUAUGGACUUCAGUCAGUUUUGGACAAUAUACCACCCAGCCCUAUUACUGACUUAUAGCCCUUAUCAGAAUGGGAGGCCUGGCUCUUGGCAGCAGAUGCUGCAGGCUGAGCUGACCCCUUUGGAAGGUUCCAAGUUGAUUCAGGGUAGUCAAAAGGUAGUACUUCCUACAAUGCUCAAGCAGCUAUGAAAUGUGCUGCCACGGACGUGGCCCGUGGCUUAGAUGCCUUUUAAAAGUGGGGUGGGUUUGUCAGUGGCUGCUGGUCCUGAUGGCUGAAGCAAAACUGCAUCUAAAUCCUGUUUGCUUCGGAGAAGCAGCAGAGGUGUGUUUAUGUGAUGGCCAUGUUGUUCUCCUCGAGAUCAUCUCAGAAGCAGCAGUUUGCAGUCAAUGGGCCUUUGGUCUGACUCAGCAGGGAACCCUUCUUGAAUGUUCUUACAGGGUUUGCGCUUCCCCUGUUCAGUUUAUGGCAUUGUUUGCUGUUGUUUCCCCUGCAGUGGCUGCCAGAGGAAGAGGGCGUGGCAUGGGCCGUGGCAACAUUUUCCAGAAGCGGCGGUAACUUCGGACGCAGCCUUUUCUCAAUGAAUUGAAAACUGUAGUUGUAAAAUGUGGUGGUGAUGGGCUUUUGUGUUAUUCAAUAAAUGUGUUUCUUACAAAAUGGAGGGACAGCUUCCGUUGUGUGGCAUGAACUUCGUUGUGGGGGGUACCGCUUUGCUGUUGCCACACAAGGUGAAUAAGCCUGGCCCAGGAGAUGGGGGCAAGCAGACAGACAGAAAGGCUACCAUCAUGCUAUGCCUGUUGCUUCUGCACCAGUUCCAGACUGAUUUUCAGCAGCCAAUGCUACUGGUCAGUUGAGGCGGCUUCUUUUUUUACCUUUGCCUGUGAGUCAGCUAUGAGCCUGUUGAUUUUCAGUUCAGAUUUUUCACCCACCAUUUAUAACAGCAACUUGGGAGAUGGUGGUGUUUUCUCCCAGGGCUCAGCAGAUGGGUUGUUCCAAGAACUGGAUGGUAGAUGAUAUUAGUAAGAAAUAAAACAUUGGAAGGUGAAACC